AUGCGCGCAGUCCUCACUCGGCUACGGCCGCGCGCCUGCAAUCGGCCUGUGGUCAACCGAGGCCUGCGGUGGCAAUCUGAAAGAUUGCAAUCCUUGUCGACUACCGCAUUUCGCCAUUGUUCAUGCGCUGACGCUGCUAACGGCCGGUCCAACGGCGAAGCUCCCUCACCACCACCACCACCAUCACACGACCACCGAGCUCUGGGAACUAGCCAGGAGCUUUUCACCUCGUCCAACUACAGCCCUGGCUCUCCUCUUUUCCUCCCUAACGGCACCCACGUCGUCAACAAGCUCAUCUCCUUCCUCCGCACGCAGUACCUCCAAUACGGCUUCCGCGAAGUCCUGACCCCAACCAUCUACAAGCGCUCCCUAUGGGAAGUCUCCGGCCACUGGCAAAAUUACAAAGAUGACAUGUACGAAGUGACCGGUCGCGGUGCAUCCGGCGUGACAGAAGGCGAAGUCGGCGAGGAUGAAUCGUACGGCCUGAAGCCGAUGAACUGCCCGGGCCACUGCCUGCUGUUCAAGUCGCAGAACCACUCGUACCGCGAGCUGCCGGUGCGCUAUGCGGAUUUCAGCCCGCUGCAUCGGAACGAAGUCUCCGGCUCGCUGACAGGACUCACACGCGUGCGACGCUUCCACCAGGACGACGGCCACAUUUUCUGCCGACCGUCGCAGAUCAAAUCGGAGAUUGCGUCGGCGCUGGGUUUCGUUGACAUGGCGAUGACCACGUUCGGGCUGGGCCCAUACCGAUUGGUGCUGUCCACACGGCCAGAGACCGAUUACAUUGGGACACUGGAGAUGUGGGACAAUGCAGAGAACCAGCUGCGAGAGGCAUUGGAUAGUACGGGGCGAAAAUGGGCACUGAAUGAAGGUGAUGGUGCAUUCUACGGGCCGAAGAUCGAUAUUCAGCUCCAGGAUCAGGCGGGUAAAUAUCACCAAUUGUCCACCAUUCAGCUGGAUAUGAACCUGCCCCAACGCUUUGGACUGGAGUAUCAGGUUGCAGAGGGCGAGGAGGACUAUAACCCAGCUACACCUGGAGUUGCCACUCCAGUCCUUGUGCAUCGCGCUAUCUUCGGCUCCCUCGAAAGGUUCUUGGCUCUGCUGAUCGAGCAUCACGGUGGCCAUUGGCCAUUCUGGCUGUCGCCACGUCAGGGUAUUAUCUUGACAGUCAACCAGGAUGCAGCUGUAGUACAACAGGCUCACGAAGCCGCGGCUCAAUUCUCCGGGUUCAAGGUUCUCCAGAAUGACGGGACUGCUGCACCACCACGCCCGUUGUCGUCCGUUGAUUCUACAUUCCUCGUCGAUGUGGAUACCAGCGCACAGACACUGGGCAAGAAGAUCCAACGAGCCAAGCAAAUGAAGUAUAAUAUGAUCUUUAUCCUGGGCUCGCGCGAUGUCGCUGAAGGUGGCAUUACCGUGGAUGUCACCGGGCAGAUGCAGAGCAAGACCGAUCCGGAAGCCCAGCAAUUCCAAACGUUGAUCAAGUCCCAGCUUGGGGAGGACGCGCUGAAGAAUGCGCGCGCGGUGAAACUCAAGUUGGGCGCUGUGCAUCCAUUGCUGGUGCACUUGGAGCGGAAUUUCCUGUGA